GAGCCCGGGGCUCGGCCCGCUCCCCGGCGGCACGAUGCUCUUCUCGCUGCGGGAGCUGGUGCAGUGGCUGGGUUUCGCCACUUUCGAGAUCUUCGUGCACCUGCUGGCCUUGCUGGUGUUUUCCGUGCUGCUGGCACUGCGUGUGGAUGGCCUGGUCCCCGGCCUCUCCUGGUGGAACGUGUUCGUGCCCUUCUUCACCGCUGACGGUCUCAGCGCCUACUUCACCACCAUCGUGUCUGUCCGCCUCUUCCAGGACGGAGAGAAAAGGCUGGCCGUGCUCCGCCUCUUCUGGGUCCUCACCGUCCUGAGCCUCAAGUUCGUCUUUGAGAUGCUACUGUGCCAGAAGCUGGUGGAGCAGACGCGCGAGCUCUGGUUCGGCCUGAUCAUGUCGCCCGUCUUCAUUCUCCUGCAGCUGCUCAUGAUCCGCGCCUGCCGUGUCAACUAGCCCGCAGAGGGCCGCCGGCGCAUACUGGACCUCCAUCCUGACCCUUCUUCCUUCCCCACGGGAGUGGUUGGCCGUUUUCACAGCCCCAAACGUGUCUGAGAUUACCCCCACAGCAGCCCCCGGCUGGAAAUCUUGAGUUGCCCUGAGUAGGCGCCCAGGCAGGAAAGCCCCCAUCGUCUCUGAGAGCUGGACAGCACAUCUGUAACGUCUACUGAUGAGCUCUGAAGAGCCCAUGGGAAAGCACCCCUGCCCCAAGGCAGCAAUGCUGGAGCAAUGCUCCCCGUCCAUUCACCUAGACUUCCUUGUGCACGCACCAGGACUCUGCACCAGCAUGGAACCUAUGAAGGCGGACAACUGUGGUGAAUAGGCCCGGGUGGGACCCCAAGGCUGGCUUGUCUGCCUGAGGAACUUGGCAGUCCAAGGCACUGCUUGGCCCUUCUCUGCACAGAGCAGUUUCACACCAUCCCCUGUGCCCUGUCCUGUCCCCCCUUUCCCACCCCCUCCCCUGCCAGCACUGCUAGCACACCUGAGGCAGAUUGAGUUUGGUUCCUCCGACCAGGAAGCCAGAGAGGAGGACAGGGACUCUGAGGUGCAGGAGCACUAAGGCCUACAAACAUUCAGCUCUUGAGUGGCCCUCUGGUCGCUGAGAACUUAUCGAGGCCCAGGUUUGUUGGCCUAAAGGCUUCAGAUGAUGCCGGUCAAGUGCCAAAUGAGAACGUGUGCUGAAAGGAAAUAAAACGAGCGUGUUUUGUG